AGGGGACGGGCUAAGAUGGCGGCCGGAGAGGAGGAAGGGUCGGCGGCGGAGCCGGGGCAGGAGCCGGAGCCGGCGGCGGAGGAGCCGCGGAGCUUCAAGGACUUGGUGAGGCUGGGCCGGAGCCGCUUCUGCCGUCGGUGCUCGCUGCCCUGUCCCGAGGAGCAGCGUCCCGCUCCCCCCGCGCGGGGAGUGACAGAUGUCCUGUGUGAAGCUUGUGACCAGUUGGGAUGGAAGGUGCCAACGAAGAUCCAAAUUGAGGCUAUUCCAGUGGCUCUCCAAGGCAGAGAUGUCAUUGGACUGGCAGAAACUGGCUCUGGAAAAACAGGAGCCUUUGCUUUGCCAAUUCUCCAAGCCCUGCUGGAAACACCUCAGCGAUUAUUUGCUCUUGUGCUCACACCGACAAGGGAGCUGGCCUUCCAAAUCUCCGAGCAGUUUGAAGCUCUUGGAUCCUCCAUCGGUGUUCAAAGCACGGUUAUUGUGGGUGGAAUUGACACGAUGUCUCAAUCUCUGGCCUUAGCCAAGAAACCACAUGUUAUAAUUGCAACCCCUGGCCGUCUAGUUGAUCAUCUGGAGAACACAAAGGGUUUCAACUUACGAGCUCUGAAGUUCCUAGUGAUGGAUGAGGCUGACCGGAUUCUUAACAUGGAUUUUGAGACAGAGGUGGACAAGAUAUUAAAAGUGAUUCCUCGAGACAGGAAGACAUUCCUGUUUUCUGCCACCAUGACCAAGAAGGUUCAAAAACUCCAACGUGCUGCUCUGAAGAAUCCUGUUAAAUGUGCUGUUUCUUCCAAGUAUCAGACUGUUGAAAAACUACAGCAAUACUAUAUUUUCAUCCCCUCCAAAUUCAAGGACAGCUACCUAGUUUAUAUCUUGAAUGAACUGGCUGGUAACUCUUUCAUGAUAUUCUGUAGUACAUGUAACAAUACUCAGAGGACUGCUCUACUGCUCCGCAACCUGGGGUUCACUGCCAUUCCCCUCCACGGGCAGAUGAGUCAGAAUAAGCGAUUGGGCUCUCUAAACAAGUUCAAGGCAAAGGCACGUUCCAUUCUGCUGGCUACUGAUGUUGCAAGCAGAGGUCUGGACAUUCCACACGUGGAUGUGGUGAUAAACUUCGAUAUUCCUACCCAUUCUAAGGAUUACAUUCAUCGUGUUGGGAGAACAGCUCGAGCUGGGAGAUCUGGCAAAUCUAUCACCUUUGUCACACAGUAUGAUGUAGAGCUGUUCCAGCGCAUUGAACACCUGAUUGGCAAGAAGCUGCCAGCAUUCCCCAUGCAAGAGGAAGAAGUUAUGAUGCUGACAGAGCGUGUGGCUGAGGCCCAGAGGUUUGCUCGAAUGGAGCUACGGGAGCAGGGAGAGAAGAAGCGAUCUCGGAACGAUGAUGAUGACACAGAAGAGGCUAUUGGUGUCAGGAAUAAGGUGGCAGGAGGGAAAAAGAAGAAAAGGAAAGCCUUCUAGUUUGGUAUUUCAACAGAUUUUUUUAUUUUUCUCUUCAUGGCUAUCUAAGCUAUCAAAAACAGUCUACCAAGCCAUCUCCAGUGGAUUUUUUUUCAGAACUACGUAUGAAAUUUGUCAGUCCCUGAGGAAAAAACCCACUUUUCUUCUUCACCAGCUACAGACUGAGCUUGGCCCAUGUUGGUACCAUGGUACCAGUUUUCCUUUCAGGGACACUGUCAGAGACCAUCACCUCUGGCCUGGAAGCAGCUGUGGUCUGGCCCUGCUCAUUCACUCUGAAGUGCAGUGUGAGAGCAGCUUUUGCACUGCUGCAGCUUGUUCCACUAUCCAGUCUCGCUGAGUGCAUCUGGAGUCAGAUCUGUCAGAAGAAAGAGGAAAAAGUUAAAAAGAAGUGACUGAGUUUUCACAGCACAGCUGUGAUGCCCUUGCCUUGGUGAAGGGAUGUGUUACAUUGAGAACUCAAAAUAUAUUUUGCUUAAUUUUAAAGCUA